CUUCCACUUGGUCUCCACUCUUCGCAGCUACAGCACCGCCUCGACUGACCUAGGGGUCCCCUGGCACGCCUGACGUUUUCCCCAAGUGGAUACUGAAAAGAGCUCUGGGGGAUUUGCUAUGAAAGUGCUGUACCAUGUGGCAUUGCUGCUCCUGUUUGGGGGGCUGAACUGCCAAAGUAACCGCAAUACCAAAGCUGGUAGCAAAUCACCCAGGAAGACUGGGGGCCAGCAGGGGGGCGAGGCGGCCUCUGAGGAUGAGGCCCACCCCGUGACAGCGGGCCCCGGAGGCCGAGGAGCCUCCGGCAAUAAGGCCAGCGAUGACAUGAAAUUGAACUUCCUCAAGAACACACAGGUCACCUGCAACGACGGGACGGCAGCUGGGUUUUACUUGAAGGAAUUCAGAGGAAGCAAACGAUGGCUCAUAUUUUUGGAAGGUGGCUGGUGCUGCUACAACAAAGAGACCUGCGACUCCAGAUACAAAAAUUUCCCUCGGCUCAUGAGCUCAUCGGAGUGGCCCCAGACACGAAAAGGUACUGGAAUCCUUUCAGCACAACCUGAAGAAAAUCCUCACUGGUGGAAUGCCAAUAUUGUAUUUGUUCCAUACUGCUCCAGCGAUGUGUGGAGUGGAACUGCACCGCCCGCAAAAGCUCGACAGGGAAAAGAUACGGUUGAAUAUACCUUCAUGGGCUCCCUUAUUAUCCGGGAGGUGAUCAAAGAUCUCACUCUCAAGGGCAUCAAACAAGCAAAGGUCAUCAUGUUGGCUGGUACAAGUGCGGGGGGUACAGGCGUGCUGCUGAACAUCGAGAAGGUGUCUGCCCAGCUGGAGCAGCUGGGUGCAGAGGCACAGGUCCGCGGCCUGGUAGACUCUGGCUGGUUUUUGGAGAGUAAGCAGCAGAAGGCGCCUGAGUGUCCCGACAGUGUGUCCUGCACACCAGCAGAUGCCAUCAAGAAAGGCCUCCGACUGUGGAACGGGAUUAUCCCAGAGAAGUGCCGCCAGCAGUAUCGGAAAGGAGAGGAAUGGCACUGCUUCUUUGGCCCCAAGCUCUACUCUUCCCUGUCCUCCCCUCUAUUUGUGGUGCAAUGGUUAUUUGAUGAAGAGCAGCUGCGGCUGGAGAACAUCUACCUGGGUGGGCAGUCCUUGUCAGAGCAGCAGUGGACCUACAUGCAGAACCUGGGAAAGGAGCUCAAAAACUCAUUCAAGGAUGUUUCGGCGGUGUUUGCUCCCUCCUGCCUGGCCCACACGUUGAUCACUAAAAGUAACUGGAUGGAUUUUCAAGUUAAAGGGACCUCACUUACACGAGCUCUGCAGUGCUGGGAUAAGAGUCUGCAGGAGUCCAACCGUAACAGCAAGACCACCAUCAAGGGCUGCCCCUUUAACCUGAUCGACAGUUGCCAGUGGCCGCAGUGCAAUCCCACAUGCCCUGCCCUAGUGGACCAGGCCACCAACCAGGAGCUCACCCUGCUCCAGGUGUUGGCCUCCAUGGGUCUGGACCUGCAGAAGUUGGGCCUAAACCUGAAGCAGGAGGGUAGCCACCUGACCGGCAUGGUCAGUAAUGGAGGCUAGGGGGUGCAUUAGCUCCAUGGCAUUGUGAAGGAAUGAGUAGUGAUGUAAACAUGAUGCGGAGAUCUCAGUCUGGUACUCAGUUGUGCCACCAAGCAUUCCAUUGCUCCACUGAAAACUGGUGUUCGGACCCGUGGGAAUUCCUCUGGGAUCCUGGGCUCAGUUUUCCCGGGCUUUCCAUCUGCUUAAAGGGCUAGCUGUCUCUCUCUGACACCUGCGUGCCUGUAAUUAGUUCUCAGACAUUCAGAUAGAUUUGCUCCUUUAUGCUGCACAGUAUUCGGUUUGAAGAGAUGGCUCAGUAAUUUCAGCUUUUAGGGUUUUCCAGUGAAACCUUUCAGU